ACAACUUCCACCGUGAUAAAACCAAAGACAAUGGUGGACAAAUCAUCUUCGCCGGAAUCUGUCACCAUCUCCACCAAAUCUCCGUCAAACCCCACCGGAAAUUUAGAUUGUUCUUGGUUUGACGAUGGUUGCAUUCUUGACAUUGAUUGUUUCGUUAACACCAUCGCCGGAAUCAAAUCCAAAGGUGUUCGUCCCGAUCUCAUCGGCUCAAUCAUCGUUCACUACGCUUCCACGUGGCUCCCUGACCUCUCCGACCACGUCAUAGACCCCAAUGAUCCACAGCCGCAGCCGCAACAGCAAUCAGAGAGCUUCUCUGUUACUGCGUUUGUGAUGAAGAAACGUUUCUUAGUCGAAACACUAAUAGGAAUCAUCCCACCGGAGAAAGAUUCCGUUCCUUGUAAUUUCCUCCUCCGUCUUCUCAGAACGGCGAGCAUGGUCGGAGCAGAUUCAAAUUACAAGGCAGAGCUCGAGGCCAAGAUUUCAUGGCAGCUUGACCAAGCUUCCCUCAAGGAGCUAAUGAUACCUUCGUUUAGUCACACGUGCGGGACGUUGCUUGAUGUUGAGCUCGUGACUCGUUUGGUUAAGAAAUUCACCGGAUUAGACAACGAAGGAGUCAAAUCUGGUGCUUCCCUAGUUAAAGUGGCCAAGCUCGUGGACUCUUACUUAGCCGAAGCCGCUUUAGAUAGCGACUUAAGCCUCCCGGAGUUCAUUACCCUCGCUGAGGCUCUCCCUAACCAUGCUCGUGUAUGUGAAGAUGGGUUAUACCGCGCAAUCGACACUUAUCUCAAGGCACAUCCUAAAGUGACAAAGCAAGAAAGGAAGAGAGUUUGUGGACUAAUAGACAGCAAGAAGCUAUCAAUGGAGGCAUCUCUUCACGCUGCACAGAACGAUCGUUUACCAGUUAGAAAUAUUAUUCAAGUUCUAUUCUCUGAGCAGACAAAGCUAAGUCAUCGCAGUCAGAACAUUGACUGGAGUGGCUCAUCGUUUAGUGGCGCUAGGAGCAGUCCUAACCCUUAUGGUUCACACUACUCAGAGUCUGGUCCUACACGGUGCAUGUCCAAACGUGAGAUAAAUGUUCAGCACGCAGAGAUAAGAAGACUGAGAGAGGAUAUGGCAAAACUGAAAAGCGAGUGUGAAGCAAUGCAAACGCAGUUACAUAAGCUGAUUGAGAAGAAAGGUACUUGUACUAGUAGUAGUCAUAAAGGGUUUUUUAGGUGGAAGAAGUUGGGAUUCAGGAGCGGUUUAAGCGUUAGCGUUGUGGAAAAUACAAAUGGUGAGCAAGAGUUUGGUGGUAAUGGAGAAGGUGAAGAGUUUGAGUAUGUGACUCAAACUCCUGGUAAUAUGAAGACAAAGCUUGUUAAAGGAAGAACACCUUCUAGGUGGAGAAAAUCUAUGUCUUGAAAAUCAGUCUUUUAUCGUCUGUAGUUUUAGUUUCUGUUGUUGUUGUCUUGUUGACUUGUUGAGCAUUUUAUUCGUGAGCCCUUGUUUCUUAAUCUAACACUUCGUACAUUUUGUAUCGAUGGCUUGUGGCUCAAGUUUCUAAGUGGUUUUAUCUUCUUGUACAUCUAGUUUUUCAAUUUUCAGACUCUAUGGGCCUCAUAUUUGGUCCCUAUAUUACAAUUUACUAUA